AAGAAGUCGCAGCUAAAAGAAUCAUCUCUGAGUAGGUUUGGAGGAGCUUUAGUGACCGAAUUCCUCGAGCCACCUCCCGGUCGAUGCUUUUGCUUCCGCCAGAGAUAUUGUGUAAAACCCACUAUUGAUGAGAGCGACCCUGACUACGAGCGUAUCAGUGCUGCUCUUCAUCAUCCGUCCGGCCCACCUGUCCACUUCCACCCUUUCCAAAACGAGUACUUUCGUGUAGAACAGGGGCGGAUGUGCGUCGAGAUUGACGGUGUUCUUCAAAUUCUCACCCCCGAAGAUGGAGAAAUCAUGGGCCGGGCCGGUUCCAUUCAUCGAUUCUAUAUAGCCCCUGAUAGCACCCAGGAUAUGGUUAUUAUUUUGAGUGCAUCUGAUCCUGGCCUUGAUUAUCAGCUCGAUCGGGUCUUCUUCGAGAACUGGUAUGGGCUGUGGCAUGAUUAUCUGGUGUAUGAAGGCAAGAUGGAUCUGAUUCAGUUACUCUGUACAUAUGAUGCCGGAGAUGCCUAUCUUCUUCCUCCGGCGUGGCUACCUAACCGUUUGCGGAAGUUUAUUGGAUACUGGGGCGGAGUGAUCGUAGGUCGAUGGAUCGGGGGCCUCCUAGGCUACAAACCAUUCUUCAAGGAGUAUACUACGGAUUGGGAAUGUGCAGUGAAGAAGAUGGAAUCGUCCUUCUUUACACGCCGUCUGCUUGGCCAUUCAUUCUCUGCAGCGAUGACCUGGACAGAACUGCAAGAACGCGCUCUUCCAUGGUUGACUGGAGGGGGGACUGAUAGAUUUGUUGCACCAACCCUCAAGGCAAAUAAUAAAAAUGAUGAUAUGUGUUAG